UAUAUGUUCAACCUUCAAAAAUCAUUCUUGCUCUUGCUCACUUCAAAAAAAAAAAAAAAAGACUCAUUCUCUCUCUCAACUUUCCCCCAAAAAAAUAUCAGAAUCAGGCAAAAAUAUCAAAAAGAACGAAAAAAAACAAGAAAAAUCAGUAGAGAAAGGCGAGAAUAUUUUGAGAUGGGGAGUUGGGGAGAAGAAGAUUUAGAGAAGCUUGUGAUCGAUUAUAUUGAAUCUCCGAUCUCCGUCUCCGAUCAUAAAGAGAAGUCUUCAAGAGCUCUUAUCACUCUUCAGGAGGUUAUUGGGACAAAAGGAGAGGAGGAGAAAGAAAUGGGAGAGAAGGUAAAUGCAUUAAUCAAGAAAAAAAGAUUAUCAUACGAAGGAGACGAUGAGAAGAGAGAUAUGAUGAAAAAGAUUGUCACUAAGCUUAGAUCUGACGGCUACGAUUGUUCUAUCGCUAAAACCUCAUGGGACUCUUCUUUUGAUCGCCGUGAAGGGUGUAGAGUGUUUAGGUGCACGAGGAAGUACGAGUACAUUAACGUCAUUAUGACGAGUGAUCGCGACGGUGAUGACGUAAGCAAUGGGAUGAUGAUGAUGAAGCGUGUGAUAAUAGAUCUUGAUUUCAAAUCUCAGUUUGAGCUGGCGAAACAGACAGAAGCUUACAAAAACAUGACUCAGAUGCUUCCGACAAUAUUCGUUGCGACAGAAGAGAAACUCAAAAGAGUUGUUUCGUUGGUUUGUGGUGAGAUGAAAAAGUCGAUGAAGGAAGAAGGAAUGCCUAGACCGCCAUGGAGGACUACGAGAUACAUGCAAGCCAAGUGGUUACCAGAGAAUCGUCGAAGAACCUCUGUCUCUAAGAGAGGAUCUUGGUCUUUGUUCGAUGAUGAUGCAGAAGCAGUUGAUGCUGUUGGGACAACGAGUGGUGCUACUAGUUCGAAAACUACGUGUUGCUUUCCUAUUUUCUGAGAGGGAUGCGCUUCGUGUUUUUUUUUUUUGUUUUGCUUAUCAAUUAAAAAGAAAGAGUUAAUCGAAUUUUGAACAUUAGUUGUUUUUUCGACAAAAAAAAAAGAAAAGAAUAUAACGUUAGUUGUUUUUUUGUUUGUUCGUAUACAAAAUCAAAAGAGGAAGUGGGUGGCUUUGUUGUACCAGGUCUUUUUCUGAUGCUAUAUUGUAUGUUCUACUUCGAUGGCCGAUGUAUAAUAUAAUAUAAUAUGUUUUUUCUC